GUAAGGGUUCCUGCGGAGUGUGAACUCUUCAUGUGGGCAACUGUUUGGCUUGUGGCGAGCACAAGUCAAGUUGACUUGAAUCAAUCAACCCGGUGAGUUCUUGACCUCAGAUGCCGCUGGCGCAUGCAACGAUCAUGGCAGUCUAUUCUCUAUCGAUCUCAGAGAACCUAUUCUUCUCUCUCUGGCGUGGGCCUCAGUAAACGCCUCGACCCUGUAUGGAAUCUCGUUUCGCUGCUGAAACGCGAACGCGACGACGAACAAAUACACAGUGCUUUGGAGAGCUGUAACAUACCAUUCCUCGAUUAUGUUCUCUGGAAACACGUGGUACAUUCCCCCAAGCAGAAACAGGGCCUUAUGGGUCAACCCCCUGCAGAAGGCUUUGCCAAUUCGCAUCGACAGACGCCGCAGCUUCCCGCAUGGGUUGCUUUCUCCUUAGUCUGUCAUAAAGAUGGUCUGCUACGUCUUACAUUCGAGCACUCACGGUUCCUUGGCUCUAAAGACCGACCUGCAUUAUUUAUUCUCUCCACGCACGCACUGGCUCACUUCGACAUUCUUACGCCGAUGCGUAAAAUCGUGGAGCAGUUCCUCGCACGCACGAUUCAGUUUCCCACAUUUCACUUCAACGCCCUCCUCCGCGGCCUUUCUGGUUUCACUCGCUCAGAAGAAGCCGCCAAUCUUGCUGUAUCUCUACUCGAGGCAAUGUCCGCGCGAGAGAUACCCUUAUGGCUUGAAACGUACAGGUUGCUGAUGCGGGAUCGUUUUGUCACUCUCCAGUUGACUAAGGUCCUCCGCACGAGGAUGGCCCACGAAGGAGUUGUACCAACCGCAGAACAUCUAGAGGCCUUCCUUCGUGUCUUUUCAAACCAUGGAGCCAUCCAAGAUUCGCAGGAAUAUCUCCGUGCCAUCCGCCGAUACUGUAUAGAACAUAACCUAACAGUACCUCACGGGCCAGAUGUACACCUCCGUGGUGCUGAUCUAUCAGGGACAAUACACCCCGCAAACACGCUAUUCAUCGGUUCUUUGCGGCAUGACCGUGCUUCUGCAUUUCAUUACCUCCACAAGCUUCUCCAGCUCGAUGCACACAACCCUAGGCCUGUCAACUCCCUCACGGAACCUUUGUGUCGCCACACAUCCACAAAGUUCUGGUCUGGUGCAAAGACUGGCGUGGACAUCUUUGAUUGGACGACUGCCCUCGUUUCCGCAGCAAACGACAAGCGAACCUCCGCAUCAACGCUUCUCGCGCUUUUCGAGCGUGCACGCGAAAGAACGAAGCAGUUCAAGCCCACGGUUGUCACUUAUACUGUCCUCCUUCGUGGCUUACUCUUCCGCGGAGCUGUCGAUGAAGCGCUGAUGGCAUGGAAUCAACUGCUCGAUUCAGAUGUUUUGCUUGAUCGCAAGGCGUUGACUGUGGGUGUGCAAGUCCUUACCCGUGCAGGCCACCCGCAGGAUGCAUUCUACCUGCUGAACUCGUUCAUGGACGCACAGCGCACGUCUUCACAUCCAACGUCCCCCCCAGAUGACAAGCACGUCGCUCCAGCAAGUCAUCAUUGGAUAAACAUUAUCGUCAUCAACGAGUUCAUGGUCUCCCUGCUUCGCAUUCGCCGCCCAGACGUCAUUUUCCAGAUAUGGGACAACCUUGAGCAGCUGUAUUCUGUACUUCCAAACGGAGCCACGUUGCACAUCCUCCUCAAGGCUGCCGUGCUUGCAGCCAAGAUGGAUAAUGAGUCCGUGCGGGGGACAUUCGCACACCUGUUUCGCGCGCCUACAGUAGAGUCCAGCAGCCCCAUCGACUUGAUCAUGGAAAUGCUCCAGUCUGCACAUCCGCCAUCUGUUGUUGGGAUCUGGAGGGGCUGCCGUGCGGGUGAUGUAGCUCGGGGCAUUUUCCGCGAUGUGAUGUAUGGAAAUUGGAAGCAGCUCCUACAUGUGAAGGCACCCGCCUCCGUCGUGCACUCCAAGGAUGCCGGGGCUGCCCCUCUUUACCCGCUCGUGGAACUAGCCAAAAGCAUCACAAUGCCGUUCUCUACGCGUAAGGACCGUGAUGGGCAACUAAAAUCAAUUACUGUGGAUGCCCAUUCUCCCGAAAAGAAGCUAUACUAUCCCUAUCCAUCCAUCGUACCCACCGAUCUGACCUUCGCAGCCUACAUCCAGCUCCUCGGUCUCACUGCUCGCGCGUCAGAAAUUUCGCUUGCUCUCGCGUGGAUGCGUACACUGCAGAUAAAGCCCUCGCGGAAGACAUUGUCCAUUGCACUGGUGUUCUGGGCCGAGGAACGGCGAAAUAAAGGGGAGAGUGAGUAUGGGCGACUGGUGAGGUGGAUAACUGAAUGGGUUGGAGAGGAGGCUCCGACAGAGGAGGACGUGCAGAAGGCAUUGAGAGCGGUGGCUAAAAUGAGAGAUAGUUCUUUCGGUCGAUCAUGAUGUACGAUAUCCCAUAAUUUAAUGUCACGUUGAUCUGUUGAAGUCAGGCUACG